GUGCCGGUUAACGCGUAAUUAUAAUACGUAACGCAAUCUGUGAAAAAAAGUUCACGGCCGUGUUAUGCAUUUUAUAAUAAAGAGAUUAUCGUCCAUCAUUCUACGUUUUUCGUUAUUACUAUUGUUAAUGUGGGUGUCCACUCUAUGUAUUCGAUAAAUAUUUUAACCAAGUGCACAAAUACGGGUUAUUAAGUUUUACCAAUAUCAUCGAAUAAGUUGAAUAUUGAGUACCUAGUUUACAGUACAGUUUUAAUUUAGAGUACGCGUAGCGAAAAUCAAUUUUAAAAUGUCUUUGUCGUUAAAAAAACAUCGAUUUUAUGAAGUAAAUAUAUAUAUGUAUUAAUGAUAAUUUAAUAAGUAUUUCUAAUUGACUCUUUGAAUAAGAUAUAUAAACACCUAUAGGCAUAGUUCCCAUUAUACUCGUCUACAUCUAAUUAUAUGUUCUGAUAUUUUAGACUUGUAAAUUGUAUUUUAUAUUAUGUUUUGGAUUCAAUAACUCGUUGCUGUCUAACCAUAGAACGUAUCCGGACGUCAAUUUUUCGGCAAACCUGGACUUGAUUCGCACCAUGGGUAAGUCAAAAGUUCAAGUUUGUGUACGUGAAGUUGGGAAUGCAUCUACAGAAUAAAGAAUAGAGAAGAAAAUAUAACAAUAAUAUACUAAAAACAACUAAUAUUAACAAAAAACGUUUUUGUGUAAUGGAGCUCAGUUGUUUGAUUAUUUUAGAUUCGAUUCCGAAUCGAAGUUUGAUUUUUCUAUGGUGUGUGUGUGUGUGUGUUUUGUUUUAUCUGUAAACAACUUUACUACCAGAAAUAUUGUUUCAAUAAAAAAACGACCAGACACCUUUUUUGUUACAUUUUGGUACGCGUCGAUGAAUAAAUUAGUUUUUUUUGUUUUUCCAACAUUUUUUAUAAAAAUAGAAAAAGACGUAAUAGAAAAAUAGAUAAAUCAAAUUUCAAAUUUUCUUUUUUACCAGAAAUUUUCCUAUACCGUUUUUUCCCGAUUGUUAUGACAACCACUUAGAAAAUAAAAUAACCUCUUUAUUGCAUCAACUAAAUAAAAAAUGCAACUAAAAUAAAGGUAGUUUAACAGAUGGUUUGAUUGGAGCCCGAGAUCAUGUAAAACAUUUUUUAUACAAACAGAAAAAAAAGAUAAUAUAUAUCUACAUCAUAGUAAAAUCAAUGCAUUUCUCGUUUUGCUCAGAAUCUAAAAAAAAUCUAACGUUUAUAAUGCGAUAUAAUAUAGUACCUACUUUGUUUUAGAUAUUUUAGUGCACCGUUUCAAUGAAAUACAUCCUCUUCAUUACAACGAAACGGUUCACGCAAUCCUCCGUCAGAAUGAUGAUGGUUCUAAAUAGUAAGUAUCAUUCCUAUUAAACGCAUUAUAAUAUAUGGUUUUAAUUCAACAAUCAGAUAUAACGACAAUAUACGAAAAAAAAUUAGCCAUUUCGAAAACGCUUUCGACAAUCAGUUCAGUUAAGUGCUCUUUAUCCCAUCGUUAUACCAUUAAAAACAAGUCGGAAAGUACGUUUGAAUUAUUGGAUUCGAAUUUAAUUUUCUUCUUUAAUCCACGAAAGCGGUUACUAACCUGUUUUCGCUCUACGCAUCUCGUCGCAAUAAUACCCAUCGUCGUUAUGUUUUCUUGAUUUAUCACGCAUAUGUCCACAGAAAUCUCCUCUAAUAAUUACCACCCGCCAACACGAACUUGUAUUAUUUUAUAAUCGAUUAUACGAUCAAAUCAAUCUUAACUGAAUUAAUAUUGCACGGUUUUCGUAUGCUUGUCUAUGUAGCGUACUCGGUCACAAUAUAGCCAAGAAGAUAAUACUCACAUAUGAUAAUCAGAAGAUAAAGAAUUGUAUUAGUCGUGUUUUGACGUGUCUAUUGAACCAGGAAAAUCAAUUGGAAUUUGAAAGGACCGCAGAUAGUUAUCAAAUUAAUGAUGUGUACGACGAUGAUAAUACUUCAGAACUUUAUCCAGAUUAUCCAAACUUGGACAAUGGCAAUAUAGGCGAUUUUUCGUCAACAGAAUAUUGACUUUGACCAUAAAGAAGUAUUAUUUAAUAUUACUUGGAGGAAUUAUUUCUUUUGUUUCAAGAUGCGACCUUUACAAAAAAAGUAUAUAAUUAUACGUAUAAUAUUAUAAAAAUGUACUUAUUUUUAUGAAUAUGUUUUUUUUUUAUUGAAUUUAUAAUAUAAGUGCCCGAUACAGGUAUUCAACUAUGAAUUACCUCGAAUGUAUAUAAUCACGCGGUUUUUUGGUCCCAAGGAAGAAGGGCUUGAGUAAAUUUUUAUAAUUUCGUCUUGUGCAUUCGGUUUCCCUUUAUUUGUUGGUCUAAAACCCAAAUUGCACAAGUGUGUGUGUGUGUGUGUGUGUGUGUGUGUACAUUUUCAAUACAUUAUACAGUGUAUGCAGCGUAUUAGCGUACACAAGACGUACGUGUUUUCAACAUUUAAUGAGCUUGUGUUGGAAACUAUACGCGAACGGCUCAAAGUCUCUUCAUCGACGGGACCGAAGCUAUGGGCACAAACGAUAAUAAUUCGCGGGUUGAUUCGUCCCGGUUGAACAUUACAAUACAAUAUAGCCUCCGAACUACGUAUUUAAUUCUAACGGGAUCCAAUCGUAUACGAUCGGUUGUCCACUUGUUUCGUGUGGCGCAAUAUCUAUAGACCCCCGCGUUCACGACAAUAUCGCAAUGUGGUCCUAUAUGAACUCCGCGAGCAGUUCAUUAAAACGUUUCAAUCUGUUUUAUUUAUUCGUUAUAUUCGUUUCGUAACACGCUACAUUAUUAUGUUGUAUUGUUUCGUAUAUAGGGGGAUACAGAAUUCGUACAGGUUUCACAAACAAACUAUUAUUAUUAUUAUUAUUAUUAUUAUUAUUAUUAUUAUUAUUACGAUACAAUACCAUUAUAUCUACCUAUAAAUAAUGUAUUUUAUAAAAUUCAGUCCGUACAUGAGACGCAAAAUAUAUUAGAAAAAAUAAUACAUAAUAAUACGAUAUCAUAUAAAUGUACAAUAAUUAUUAAUAAAACUGCGCGUAUAAUAGUUAUUAGGUAUUAUUUGUAUAAAAUCGAAUCAUCUAAUAUUACGGGUACGUUAUAUUCAUUUUAUAAAAGCUAAACUCGUAUAAUAUUAUUAUAGAUAAUAUACCGGCUACUAUACAAUAAAAAAGGAAUGUUACAAUAUCAUAAUGUAUUUUCAUAAUAUUAUUAAAAAAUUUAAUAAUAAUAAACACCUUAGGUUAUAAUUUUGAUCUUAUCGCGUGUAAUUUUAAUUAAUGUUAAAACGAAAUAUAACAAUUAUUUUAAAAUACACACACACAAAAAAAAAAAAAAAAAACAACAAACAUUCAUGUUCGUUUAAAUAUUACCGUUGUUUUAAAAAUAUACGGUUAAAUUGUCUUCUCUUCUCGUUUCUUCGACCGGUGUCACGCUGACGCUCGGAUCGAUUUCGCGCUAUAAGAAUAAAUAAAAUAUUGUUGUUUACACUUA